CAGGGGGAAUGGAGGAAUGUACGGAAUUGUCGCACCCCCAGGAGGAUGGGAGUGAAGUGAGGGUUGACAGACGGCUUCUCUACCCCGUGGAUACAUCCCCGCCCUUUCCCAGUCUGCUGGUUCAUGGGUUACAGCAAGCGUUUCAAGUAAUAUCGGGAUCUCUCCCAGCGGCCGUAGUGAUCGCCAACCUGAUCGGAGCAGGAGAACAGUGGUGGGUUCGGGCCGAGCUUCUCAGCUUGUGCCUCUUCACCAGUGGACUGGCAACUCUACUGCAAAUUUGUGUUGGGUGUAGGUUACCAUUAAUACAAGGGCCCGCUGGGACGAUCUUGGUGGCCAUUGUUGUCAUUGUUAGUGAUCCGAAAUUAAGUGAUGGCGCAUUGCGUGAACGUACACCAGGAAAUGACACGUCAACCGCACCGUGGAAGAAGCGGAUGACCGAGAUCCAGGGUAACCUGAUGCUGGCGUCUGGAGCUCAGUUCCUUCUGGGAGUCUCGGGAGCUCUGGGGUUCCUCCUCCGGUUCAUUGGUCCUCUGACAGUGGCUCCAACCGUACUUGUCCUCGGAAUUACGCUCUGUCGGUACAUGAUACCAUUGUGUGAACAACACUGGGGCAUAGCCAGCUUAACAAUAUCCCUCUACAUCCUGUUCUCGGUCUUUCUGGUGAAUGUGAGAAUUCCGUUCCUAACGCUCCGUCGCCGGAAGUGUCAUGUGACUCGAUACGCACUAUUUCAGUUGAAUGCUGUAAUCUUGGCAGUUGCUGUGUCAUGGAUGACGUGUCACGUGCUGACAGUGACAAACAUGUUGCCAGGUAACUCUACCUUACAUGGUCACAUGGCCAGGACUGACGUCAGGAUGAGGGUCCUCAAUGAUGCGCCAUGGAUCUUCCUACCAGUACCAUUUCCAUAUGGAAUGCCCACCAUAAGCGCUUCUGGUUUUGCAGCCAUGGUAACUGUUACCAUGGUGCUGAUAAUUCAGAUACCAGGCACCUAUUCUGCAACAUCAUCUGUAAUUGACCUCCCUCAGCCCCCAGCCCACGCCAUCAAUAGAGGGAUUGUGGUGGACGGGUUGACCGGCGCCAUCAGUGGCAUGCUGGGAGGGGUGAUGGCAAGCAUGGCUUAUGUGCAGAGUCUGGGUGUGGUUGCUGUCACGAAGGUUGCCAGUCGGAAGGUGUUUGUGUCAGCUGCCUUGAUUCUGAUGGUAGGAGGCGUUGUAGGCAAGGUGGGGGCGGUGUUCACAAUCAUCCCUGACCCUGUGGUGGGCGGGGUCAACUUGGUGGCAACGAGCACCGUGACGGCAGUUGGCGUGUCCAUGUUGCACACAGUCGAUCUGUCUUCCUCCAGGAACCUGCUCAUCCUGGGGACAUCUGUCACACUGGGGAUCCUCCUCCCAGACUGGAUGGCCGCCAACGAAGACUCUAUCAACACAGGAAACAAAGGAUUUGAUCAAGUCAUAAUCGUGUUGUUGUCUACACCGAUGUUCGUGUCCAGUGUUUUGGGCUGUGUCCUAGACAACCUUGCUCCAGGAACACUUGAGGAACGUGGUGUGGCAAAACGUGAUUUAGCAAGACCAUGCGAUCGUUACCUGCCACAAGAUGACCCUUACAGGCUGCCAUACAUCACCAGAUUCAUGGACAGAGUCAGGUGUUGUUCUUUCUUUCCUCUGUCUCCGACUUUUAACAAGGAGGUCACGUGUCAGCGGUGUGACAGGACUGAUUCCAAACCCUGUUGAGGGAAUCACGUGACAUCAGAGACGUACGUGUGAGAGAGGAUUUAGCAGAAAUGAUUGCAGAAAUAUCAGGAAGGGAGACAACAGUGUACAUCAACUCGAUCGUCUUAUGGGAGUGAGUUUAGCAACAUCCAUUCAGGGGCACACAAGCAAUGGUUCUCACAUAAUGUACCCAUGUUAGGUAUCGAACCCGGGACUUCGUUACAAUAAUCAAAAGCUUAAACCACUGGGCUACUAACGCCUUCAGAAUGACCUCAAAUAUGCCUUGACUUGACUUUAAGUCAAGGUCCAUACCUCUUUUGUACUGGAAUACAAACCUCCAUAAAAUCCGUACAAGGAAAUAUAUUGUUGGGUCCUGCAGAUGCACCACCAAAACCCUGUCCAAAAGAAUCACCAUACUCUUAAUACAAUCAAGGAAGGACUUCCUUUAUAUUCAGAGACAAGUGGAAUUAAUACCACAAGCAAGCAUAAUAAAAAAAGGCAAUUUGGCCAAGAAAGUUAACUUAAGCUUCAGAUAUAUAGAUGAUCGCCAAAUAACAGUCAAAUGGCCAAUUCAUUUCAACUGAUUAACCCACGUGAAAUAGAAAUAAAACCAAAAAUAUCUAUUCAUAAAGAUUCAGAGCAAUAAAAACACAAUACAAAACAACAUGCCCAUGAUACAGGCGGAAUCGUAUAAUCGAUUCGGUUUUGGGUAGAGAUUGACUUGUGUAUUUUGUGAAUCUCGUGUAUUUUCAGGUGAACAAUUGACUUGCCUCUGCGUGUCUUUGUGACAGGUGCCAUCGGUAGGGCAGGAUACGCUCACUUUGUAUCAUCAUUAUUAUUUUUAUUGAGUGUAACCUUCAGAAGUGUCUUGACUUUUACCAUAAGAUGUGCCUUGAAUAAUAGAAUAUACAUAACAUUAUGCAUAAUCACAUUUGAGUUAGCUCACAACGGACGUUGGAAUAAUUAAACCAAACUGAAAUGCCAUUGGAUAAACGCAUUGGGGUAUUGCGGAUUGAUGAAGGAAAACAGACAGUUCAGCGUCACAGGGACGACAUUCUGAUUGGUCGAUGAGAAGGGACGUUAAUCUGAUUGGUUAUGGAAAGAUCGCGUCGGUAUGAGUUAAAGAGCUUGCUAGCCAUAUUCGAAAAUGGUGUCUUUGGAGGCAUGGCGCAAUAACGGGGAAUCAUGGGGUUUCAAUGAUACUUGAUCAAUGCUCUUGGUUAAAUGGAGCAAUAUUUAACAUAACCCUCUAUUUCAGAUACGUCCAAUACGUAAUGAGGACCUCGUUAUUUGAACUGUGAUCAAAUAAACAAGACAUAUCCCAUUAAGGUUUCUUUGAAACCCUCGAGAAGUGAGUGGUAUAUUUGUGGUUAUCACCUUUGAAUGCGGGAGGUAAACGCUGAACACGUCAUCUUUCUCGGCUAACUAGGCAGUGUUAGAAACACGAAUUGCCUGGUAGGGCAGGACAUGCUUACCCUUUUCACAAGCACCUGGUGUCAUCACUGAUUUUCAGUUGUCCAUUCAUAUAAUUUGCGCAGCUUUUUAGCACUUAACACUAAAUGGAAUCUGUUUCGGUGGAUAAUCUAGACUGGUUAUUCUCUUGCAUUGGCAAUCUAUAUUUACAUCAGAGAAGAUGUGAAAGCGCCACUUCUCCGACAUUAUCCCUCUCUGCGUGGAGUGUGGAACGUCGUCUGCAUAUGCCACUGUGUUUUCAUCUCACAUUUUGUUGUAAAGCGAGUAUAAAACAACAACGGCUUUUGUUUCACUCUACUAAUAAGAUUCUAAUCUGUUUCUAGAUCCAUGGAUCUAACUUAAAAAUAGGUUUGAAGAGGGACCGUAGCCAAAAUAGCUCACAUAAUUCACAUCUGUUACUCGUCUGUCUAUCUGAGACGUAGAGUGGAUCUUAUUAAGUAUAACAUCAUACGAUAGUGUUGGGUGUGGGUUUAUGAAUCAGUUCAAGGAUAUAUUGUUCACCAACAUAGUCGACCGCCUCCGUGGUCUAGUGGUAGAGUGUCC